UGGCUCGAACGUUCGUUACAUUUUCAUUCAGUCUGCAACGAAUGCCGAUCUUCCAAUAUCGUUCUGUUUAUCGAGUGGAUAACAAAAUUAUAAAGCGAAAAUUUCGUUGACGAAAUUCAUGACUUGAGCGAUCGUGUAUCAAUUUAAAACCAUUCGAUCCGGGGAUUCAAACUUUUAGUGGAAAUGAAAUAAAUGUUUUUUCCUUACAAACGAAAAUCCUAAUCAUGGGUGCAUCGAUUUUUUCGUAGAAUUCAUUUCACUCGAGUUCGAAUCCAGAACAGUGUACACCAAACCAACGUGGCUCUUGAUGCAAAUUGGAGGUUGCAAAAAAUUUAGCAAACGUCGAACUCAUCACGGAUUGAGAGCAAUUGAGUUACCGGAUUUUCUCGGCUUCUUUCGUCCGAGUAACGUACUCCAAGAUUAAAACAUUCGAUCUCUAGCUCCAGUGAGUAAAUGGAGAAUUCAAAACUCGUUUAACAGAGACUUUGGUUCAACGAUGUUCACUUGUUUACAACAAUGCUCCUUAAAACAUCCACGUUUUAUUUUUAUGCAUCUGUAGAAUGCUGAAUAUCAAUUACUGAUGAGUCAGACCAAAUGGCGAUGUUUUGCCUGGUUCAAUAACAUGAAAAAAUUUACCAGAGUUCUUCGGUCCUACAAAAUCAUUUGCUGAAGACAAUGGAUUAUGGAAAUUUCAUUUGGAACUAGUUGCUUUUGAAAAAUGAUGAGAAAACGAGUCAUAGAAAUUCAUUAUUCGUUUGUGACGAGCAUGUAAACAUUGAGUGAAGGAAUUCUUGACGUUAGCAACCGAAAAAAAUUUGUUCAUUUGCCACUCGUCGAUGCUAUUUAACGAUUUCGUGGCAUGAAUGACUUUUGGACAGGAAAAGUCUCGAGUUAAUCGACAAUUCAGUGGUUGAGAAUGGAUCGUACUUUGAAAGCAUAUUAUUGAGGUACACAAAGAUGAGAGAGAGAGAGAGAAAAAAGGAAGGACAGAACAAGAAAGAGAGAAAGAGAGAGUGCGGUGUUAAGAGAUUAGUCGAGCGAGCGAUGCGGUCGUCCACACAUCGAUUGACAGUCGAAGAUCGAGAGUGACCGAAGAAGUAACCGCGUCCAUGAAAACAAGAAGUUCGCGUUCGUCAUUUGCCUUCGAGUUCCAUAUUUUACUUCAUAUUCUUGUCAUCGACGUCGCGUGAAUAAAAAAGUUGCAACGAGAAUGCGAGAGGAUUUAGAAACAAUCGCGAGUAUGACAAGGCCAGUUCCGUCUUCGUGACCGUCAGUUUUUCUCGUGAUCGAGAACGAUAGUUAAAAAAAACUGAACGUGAAAAAUUCGUGAAAAAAUACUGAACGUUGAGAAACUUGGAAGCGCGUGUGCUUUAACGCGGCUUGGAAAGUGUCAAUUUUUCUAAACACGCAGAAGCUUCGAUCGUCCGUCAGGGUUUUUUCGAAUUUGUAAUUCCGAUGACGGAUAAUUCACGUUGGAAAUUUAAAUUCAGGAAAAUUCGUAAUCAUAGAUCGUGAAGAAUAGCAAAUAAAUGAGAAAAUUCACUGUUUACGGAAAACGUAGUUUUUAUAUGUUGACUAUUUUUGUGUAAGCCGAGGUUCAAGCAAGUUGUCAUCGUAUAUGGCUAACCAAGAAGCCGGUUAAGUGUGCGUGUAACCAACCCGUUUUUGUGCCAUUUCAGCAAAAGGUGUUCGUAUACUCCGAACGUAAAAGGUCAUCAAUAUGUUUUACUUGAGUGGAAGAGGGAAGCUCUCCAGGCAUCCUGAAGCCAACGAUGAGGAUCAGUUCGGUUGGUAUCUUGGAGACGGUGAAUUAGUUGAGGACAAAAUCUAUAAAAAGUCGUCUCGAAGUUCACGGCUGCCGGGGCAGGUUAAUGACGUUGACGAAUCAAUAUCGACGAACCCUACGGUUACGAUUAUUACGUGCAACGACAUCAGCGACCAUGAACCGUCUAAUUAUUCAGUCUCGUCUGACUUGAAAAAUGAGAAAACGUCGCUCACGGCAAUCGAGCACAUUGAAAUGAACUCGUUCGUCAAACACUUGUCAUCCGAAAACCAGGAUAUUGAUCUGGAAAUGAUCGAGAACGACGCCAAUCGGGGUGUUUUUACUUCGUCUAUUAAGUCAGCCGGAGAACUCGACGAUUCUUUAAGCUCUGAAAACAAAAAGGUGGACAAUGAAUCUCGAGGAUUUUGUUACACGCCUGAAAGAUUAGUCAGAACUCAAGCGUACAGAAUACUCACGCCUUCCCCUAGAUAUUUGUCCAUUCCUCGUAGCGCAGUCAACGGUAUCGAUGAUACGAACACUCGUAGACUUCGAGGUCACCGCAGGAAAAUUGGUGAUCUCAUAGAUGCAAAGCAAUUUGGGGCGUCCCAUCUCGAAGCUUUGUUGGAUUCAGGGGUACCCGAGAUUCGAUUACCUCUCGCAAAUCGUCGUCGAUGGAACCGCGAUCGUUCAAGUUACAAAAAAAAUAUCGAGCUCAAUAAUUCUCCAAGCGAAUUUUACGAACCACUGGAAAUAGCAAAUCGCGAGAGUCCUGAAACCUUUCAAACGCCCGACCUCGUAAGCAGUAGAUCGAGUUACGAAAGAUUGAACAGCUGGGAAGAAAGAUCCAAAAUAAUUCGAAGAUCGUCACAGGAUGACACCUCUGGUAUUCACAGUAAUGACUGGAGCAGUGACACACCGAGUGAUGUACAAGCUCCGGUCUGUCUCUGCGACGAACUCGCCUCUGCAUCGAGGAGAUUUAGCUUCAGCAUCGAAUCGAGGAACCGAACAGCUGCGAUAAACGAAGUUGUAUCAAUCCUCGAAGAUUUAGAGCGAGAUCCAGAUCGAGCCGCGGAGCUGCUCGAGGAAGACCGAUUUCUCGAUGCUACUUCCGGUCACGAUCACUUAACGAGGCUGGCCCUUGCAAUCGAACCGGACGGUUCUCCGCCAGCAGUUCACCUCGAUCCUGAGAAUCUUGUACUCGAACUUCGUGGCAAAGUAGAACGACUUCAGGAAACGACUAGAAAUAUACUCAAAGACGUCGAUGCUCUGAGACGAGAUUUCGAGUGCAAUGAGAAUAAGGUUGACGGUCUGAUCGACGCAGCGGUGACUCUGCGUCAAGACACAAAUGAGAUGCGUUACCUGGACGAUCUCCUUAAUUUGUUGGACGGUGAGCUCGAGCGGAUAUCAAGAAGGAAUUGGCCCUUUGUCUUUGGUCACGAGAACCAAACGGGAGAAAUGAAUCUCGUAGUUUAAUCGUUUCCUCUUCCCACAGUUCGUACGUUUCACUUUCCGCUUAACGAAAACUUUCGAAGCGAACAAUCGCAGGUGUUUUUUUCAUAUGUUUUUACGUCAAUUUCCAUUUCAUUCGUGCGUAUAUCAGAACCAAAAUAAUGUGUGCAUUUUUCUUUGCAUUUGGUUUUCUUACUGAUUCUCGAAACUUUGCAAUGUUUAUUAAUAAAAAAAAAGUUUUUUCGUGGACUUCUUUCCUCUCUUCUCAAUAGGAUCAAUAUCAUUUUCUUUUUUUACUAAUAAAACCGUGUCCACUUUUGUGUACGUGAAA